AUAGGCGGGGCUCCGAGAGGUCACUGGAGCGAUGCAUGCUGGGAAAACACGUGUUUGAGGAAACAAACGUCAAGUUACGUUUUACUUGUGAUCGGUUUCGCAGUUUUUCGCAGUUUUCGCUCGGUUCUGCAGGGUUCUCCACCAUGUCGUCCCAGAGGAACCCGGCCGGUGACGAGCGCUUCACUCGGGUGCAGAAGGAUCCGCGCUUCUGGGAAAUGCCCGAGAGGGAACGCAAGGUCAAGAUCGACAAGCGCUUCCAGUCCAUGUUCCACGACAAGCGCUUCCAGGUGAAGUCCACGGUGGACAAACGAGGACGCCCCAUCAACCACACGUCCUCCGAAGACCUGAGACGCUUCUACAAACUGGACUCCGAGGACGAAGAGGACGAAGAGGACGUGGAGAGUGAGAAGCUGCCGGAGAGGAAGAAACUGACGGAGAGGAAGAAACUGACGGAGAGGAAGAAGCUGACGGAGGGAGAGAAGCUGACGCAGAGGAAGAAGCUGACGCAGAGGAAGAAGCUGACGGAGGGAGAGAAGCUGACGGAGAGGAAGAAGCUGACGGAGGGAGAGAAGCUGACGGAGAGGAAGAAGCUGACGCAGAGGAAGAAGCUGACGGAGGGAGAGAAGCUGACGGAGAGGAAGAAGCUGACGCAGAGGAAGAAGCUGACGGAGGGAGAGAAGCUGACGGAGAGGAAGAAGCUGACGGAGGGAGAGAAGCUGACGGAGGGAGAGAAGCUGACGGAGGGAGAGAAGCUGACGGAGGGAGAGAAGCUGACGGAGAGGAAGAAGACGGUGAAGCUGGUGAAAGUUGAGAGAGAAGCAGUCCAGAGCAGUGAAGAUGAAGACGAGGAGUCUGAAAACAAAGAUGAUGAAGGUAUCAAGCAGCAGCAGCAGCAGCAGGAGGAGGAGGAGGAGGAGGAGGAGGAGGAGGAGGGGGGUGUCGACCUGGGAGACAGUGUCACAGAUGACAGUGAGGAGGAUGAAGAUGAUGAUGCAGAGGAGGAGAGCGAGGUUGGAAGUGGAUUGGAGGAGGAGGAGGAGGAGGAGGAGUCCGGUCUGGAUUCGGGUUCAGAUAGUGACAGCGGGCCGGAUCUGGCCCGAGGUAAAGGCAACAUCGAGACCAGCUCAGAGGAAGACAGCGAUGAAGAGGCGGACGCCAUCCUGAGGAAGGAGGAAGAGGAGAUCGAGCACAACUGGGGCGAGUUGAGCAAAGACGCUCGGCGAAGUGACGAGGUUUCUGCUCGACUCGCCGUCUGCAACAUGGACUGGGACCGCAUGAAGGCCAGAGACCUGCUGGCACUGUUCAACUCCUUCACACCACAGGGGGGCGCUGUGCUGUCUGUCAAGAUUUACCCGUCGGAGUUUGGGAAGGAGCGGCUGAAGAUGGAGCAGACCCAGGGACCGAUGGAGCUGAAGGCCCUGCCUGAAGACCCCGAGGACGACACAGAGGAGGAGAGGGUGCACAGGGAGAAGAUGCGUGACUACCAGUUCAAGCGCCUCAGAUAUUUCUACGCCGCGGUGGAAUGUGACUCGGCUGAAACGGCGGCUAAGCUCUAUGAGGAGUGUGACGGGUUCGAGUACGAGAGCAGCUGCUCGGUGAUCGACCUCCGGUUCAUUCCCGAUGACGUGGUGUUUGCCGAGGAGCCCACCGACGUGGCCACGGACGUGAACCUGUCGGCGUACACGCCCAAACUGUUCAGCUCGUCGGCCACCGCCACGUCCCGGGUGCAGCUGACGUGGGACGAGAUGGACCACGACCGAGUGACCGCCUUCAACAGGAACUUCAACAAGGACGAGCUGCUGGAGAUGGACUUCAACGCCUACCUGGCCUCCUCCAGCGAGGAAGAGGAGGAUGGAGACGGAGCGGUUGAGUUUGGAGAGCAGGCCGAAGCUGAACAGACAGAGGAGACGAAGGAGAAACCUCAGGAGGAAGAAGAGAGGAAGAAAAAGAAGAAGAGCGAGGAUCAGAUCUCUAAGUACAGAGAGCUGCUGAAAGGCAUCCGGAACAAAGAGAAGAAGCUGCAGGACGACAAGGACAUGGAGAUGGAGAUCACCUGGGUGCCAGGCCUGAAGGAGACGACAGAGCAGCUGGUGAAGAAGAAGCUGGAGGAGAAGGACGAGCAGACGCCCUGGGAGGAGUUCCUGGUGAAGAAGAAGGAGCGGAAGAAGCAGAAGCAAUCUCAGAACAAACCAGAGGCGGCAGAGGACAACCUCAGUGACGAUGAGCUUCCUGCAGACGUUGACCUCAGCGACGCCUUCUUCACCGAGGAGCUCGGUGCCACAGAUCUGAAGAAUCAGAAGAAGAAGAAGAAGAAGAAGAAGCAGCAGCUGGAGGAAGAGGAGCGAACGGCUGAGGAGGAAGAGGAGCUGGAAAAACAAAAGGCGGCCAUGGCCCUGCUGAUGGAGGACGACGCAGACGAGCUCAAACACAAACACUUUAACUUCGAUGAAAUCGUGGAGCAGCAGAACUUGAGCAAGAAGAAGAGGAAGAAGCUGCUGAAGAAGGGGGAGGAGCCUCUGGAGAACGACGACUUCCAGGUGGACGUUAAAGACGCUCGUUUCCAGGCCAUGUUCACGUCCCACCUGUUCAACCUGGACCCGUCCCACCCCAGCUUCAAGAAGACCAGAGCCACUCAGAGCAUCGCGGCCGAGAAGCAGCGCCGGCGAGAGCAGCGGGGGAGGGACGAGGACCUCGGCGCUCUGUCGGCCACGCGGAUAGAGCCGCCCGCCACGGCUGAACAGGAAGUGAGGGGGGGGAAAGUGCACAGUGACUCUGAUGCUGCGACGGCGAAGCAGCCGAUGGAGCCGAGUCUGUCUCUGCUGGUGAAAUCCAUCAAAAGCAAAACGGAGCAGUUUCAGGCCCGAAAGAAACAGAAGCUCGUGUAACUGAGAACUUCUGAUGGACUGAGACUGGACGUGCUCAGUGUCUCCUGAAGACACGUCACUGUGCUCGGUGUCUCCUGAAGACACGUCCCUGUGCUCGGUGUCUCCUGAAGACACGUCACUGUGCUCGGUGUCUCCUGAAGACACGUCCCUGUGCUUGGUGUCUCCUGAAGACACCUCACUGUGCUCUACAGGAAACAACAGGAAGAUGAUGUUAAAGAAUUAAACUGAAGUUCAUCUCUCUGCUUUUAGUUUGAGAUGGUUUUAUAAUAUUGAAUGAGUCAGAAUCAGAUUGAAUGUUUAAAGAUGUUUCCACAUGAACUGUGUGAAGCACGUUGUGUAGUCAGUGUUUGUGUAGCAGCAGCAGGUUGUCGGUCCGACUCGUUCAAACAGGAACAUGUGGGAACAUCCAGGAGAGGGGCGGAGCCUGCAGAGCAGCAGGGGCGGAGCCUGCAGAGCAGCAGGAGGCGGGACAUGACGUAUAAACUCGGCUGUGGACAGAUCAGUGUUGUUGUUUACAGCUCAUCCACACCGGAGUCGGCCCUCAUCACCAGAAGAUCUGGAAUCUCCUCGUGUUUCUAGUGGACGUCUUCGUCUUCUACGUGUCCGGCUCCUCUUCUUCAUCCUGAGAUGUUUGUGUUCUUCAGGUUUCACGUCACGUGUUAGAAACCUCAUCAACACGUCCACUCGCUCUCUGGGAAGCUUCCACACAUUGUCCUGCUGGUUCCUCACAUGGACUCACUCACACACAUGUUACCAGGAGAAGAUCCAGAAUCAACUCUUUAUUACAGUCUGUUAGAAAACAGUAAUUGUAUCUGUUAAUAAAGUUGUACAUUUAAAGAAGAAA